AUGGGGGAGAGGAAGCUUCUUUGGGAUAAAUUAGCUAGUAUUGGUCAAUUAAAGUCUCCUUGGAUAAUUUUUGGAGAUUUCAAUGCCAUGUUUAGCUACCAAGAUAGGAUUGGUGGGAGACAAGUCCUUGCUAAGGACAUAGCUGAUGCUCAAGAUUGGUUGGCUUUAGGCCAAGUUGAGGAACUUAAGUGUGAGGGUGCUCCCUAUUCUUGGACGAACAAACAGGAGGCAGGAGAUCGUAUUUUUUCUAAGUUAGAUAGAGUGUUUAUCAAUGAUCUGUGGCUGGAUGUUUUUCCGAAAUCUGAAGCUCACUUCAAAUGGGACUGCAUUUCUGAUCACAGUUUCUGUGUGAUUCGUAAUCAAGAAGUUAAUGGUGUGGGAUUUAUCCCUUUUCGUUUUGGUAACCACUGGAUGCAGUAUAGAGGCUAUAGAGAAGUUGUUCUUCACUGUUGGAAUGCACCAGUUGUUUCUGGUGGAGGUCUCAGCAAGAUAAUUCAGAAAUUAUAUCGGGUGAAGCAUACUUUGAAAAGGUUUAACAGAGAGGAGGUUGGUGAUAUUGUUUUGAGUUAUAAGAAGGCCAAGGAGGAGUAUAGUAGAGUUCAGGAGGCUCUGGCUUCUAAUCCUUCAGACAUGUCUCUGCUUCAUUCAGUUACUCAAGCCCAACUCAAUGUUUCAGUUUUGCAGCGCUGUUAUGCCAGUUUUCUCAAACAGCAGAGUAAACUUAAUUGGAUUAAGUUUAGUGAUGAUAAUUCGAGAUUUUUUCAUGCAUUUAUGCGAAAAAGAAGAGUUGAUAAUAGGAUUUCUUCCUUCACAAUAGGAGGCAAAACAGAAGAGGAUUAUUCUAAAGUUGUAGAGCAUUUCCUGUCUCACUUCAAGAAGUUUAUGGGGAAAGGAAAUUUGGCUUCAGUGGCGAUUGAUCAUAGUUGUUUCUUGCAGGGAAACAGAUUGUCUCUGGAUCUCCAAGUCAGACUUCUGAGACCUUUUACCAAGAAUGAGAAGAAGGCUCUAUUUAGCAUUCACUCCUAUAAAAGUCCUGGUUUGGAUGGUUUUGGCUCGGGAUUUUUUAAGGGGUUAUGGUCAGAUAUUGGUGCUGAGAUUACUUCUGCAGUGUUGUAA